UCACUGCCAGAGAAGCGCCGCAGCUCAGCGAGGAAGCAGGGGGAGAAACAUUAGCUUCUCUUUAGAGGCUGUUAGACCUUUCGCUUGUGUCGCUUUGAGCCGCGUCCACUCGGGAAGCUCCGGAUCCGCGGAGGCAGCAGCAGAGUCCGCUCAGCUCAGCGGCGCGAGACAACUCUCCAAGCGCGGUCGUCCUAGCUGGCAUGAGCUAACCCCACCACGCCGACAUGGAAACCAAGCCGUUCUUAUCAUUGGGGUUCUUGAAGCCUCAGUGCUCGUUGGCUCCUCCCAUGCAACGAGGCCGGUCAGGGGAGACUUGUUCCUGUUUUAGUGGCAUGUGUCCGCUCCACCAGCGUCGCUUAUCCUCAGAAUCGGGUCAGGUGACCUCUUCACCACUAGGUUCACCUACCUCUCACCGAGGAAUGCAUCCGUCGCUGCUAAGUCCAACAUCCAUGGGUCCUUCUGGUUCUCUUCACUCGCCCAUCAGCACGCUGAGCUCGCCCAUGAAUGGUCUGACCUCACCCUUCUCUGUCAUCAGUUCACCCAUGGGUCCCCACUCUAUUAAUUCACCUGGGAUGGGAUACGGACCCAGUGUCAGUCCACAGAUGUUUCAGUUAAACUCUCCAAUGAACUCAGUUAGCAGUACGGAGGACAUCAAGCCCCCACUAGGCCUCAACGGUGUGAUGAAAGUGCCCGCCCAGCCCUCAGGCACAGUCCUUUCUCUCACAAAACACAUCUGCGCCAUCUGUGGCGACCGCUCAUCAGGUAAACACUAUGGAGUCUACAGCUGUGAAGGCUGCAAAGGCUUCUUCAAAAGGACCGUACGAAAAGACCUCACCUACACCUGUCGUGACAACAAGGACUGUGUGAUUGAUAAACGCCAGAGGAAUCGGUGCCAGUACUGCCGCUACCAGAAAUGUUUAGCCAUGGGCAUGAAGAGAGAAGUUUUGUUACAUGCAGCCGUUCAAGAAGAGCGCCAGCGUGCCAAGGAGAAAAAUGAGAACGAGGUGGAGUCUACCAGCUGUGCCAAUGAGGACAUGCCCGUGGAGAAGAUUCUGGAAGCGGAGGAGGCUGUGGAGCCCAAAACAGAGACCUAUAUUGAGACCAACCUCAGCGUACCAUCUAACUCGCCUAAUGACCCAGUGACAAAUAUCUGUCAGGCAGCAGACAAACAGCUCUUCACAUUAGUGGAGUGGGCCAAGAGGAUCCCCCACUUCUCUGAACUACCGCUGGACGACCAGGUCAUCCUCCUACGAGCAGGUUGGAAUGAACUCCUCAUUGCAUCAUUUUCGCAUCGCUCAAUAGCAGUUAAAGACGGGAUCCUGUUGGCUACCGGGCUGCACGUUCACCGCAACAGCGCCCAUAGUGCAGGAGUGGGAGCCAUCUUUGACAGGGUGCUCACAGAGUUGGUGUCCAAAAUGAGGGACAUGCAAAUGGACAAGACAGAACUGGGGUGUCUUCGAGCAAUUGUCCUUUUCAACCCAGACUCGAAAGGCUUGUCCAACCCGGGAGAGGUGGAAGCUCUGAGAGAGAAAGUCUACGCGUCAUUAGAGGCCUACUGCAAACAGAAGUACCCAGAGCAGCCGGGGAGAUUUGCAAAGCUGUUGCUGCGGCUACCAGCGCUCCGCUCCAUCGGCCUCAAGUGUCUAGAGCACUUGUUCUUCUUUAAGCUCAUCGGUGACACACCCAUUGACACUUUCCUCAUGGAGAUGCUAGAAGCGCCUCAUCAAAUGACAUAAUAGCAGAGGAGGCUCGAGUGGUCCUCCGCCCCGCCAGCCCCCCUCGCCUAAAUCCCCCAGCAGCCCUGGAAUGGGAGCAGUACUUAAAAAAAGGCUUCAUCAAAUGAACAGUGUGGUGACUUUUGGCCGUUUCCCUUCCUGUCUUUGAAUCUCUUCGUCACGUUUGGAAACAGUGUCGGUAUCUGUUUUAUACCUUGUACAAAUCUAUAAAUAAGAAAUAUAUAUGAGAAUCUUAAGACGGCCGUGGACUGACAAGAGGACGGACAGAGGACGAUUUUUGAACCAAGGGGUUUGCAUCUUUGCUGUUCCAACACCUCGACAUGAAAAGCAGAGAUGAUGUGUUUUAACAUCUGCUGACAAAAACGGUGAUGUCAUCUUCAGACUCUUUUUAUGAUCAGGACAAUCGUGGACUGCAGAACCGGACCGCAGAGGGACAAUGAGGUUAAACGCUCACCGAGGUCGUCUGUUCCUCCCUGACUCGACUUGACUCGUCAGGAUGUGCACUUGCUGUUUUUGACCUGGAUUCUGUCAACGAGACUGCACGUGAUCAAAAAAAAAAAAAUCCAAACUCAGGUCUUUGCCCAAUUCAAACAAAUGCAACUUAUUGUACUAGCACUGUGCAACAUUUGGGGAGGACCAUGUCCGAUAAUCAGCCCUCGAUUCGGGGAACAUGUCUCGUACAAUCUGUGCAGCUCUUGGCGGGAAAACAGGCUGCACUGACUUAGCCUGGCGUUAGCUUUCGGCUACAUGUGCAUCAGCGUAACCAGCAGGUCCGACUUGUCUCUUGAGGAGGCUCCUCCUGAGUAAGUGAUGUCACAUUGUCAUACAGCCAACCUCUCAUCUGAUGUGAAUUUCAGCACAGCGCUCAUACACCUCUACACUCAAGAGAUUCCGACUCGGCAGGAAUCAGCUUUCUAAAAUCACCUCAUAUCUACCUGCACAGAAAAGUUACAACCAUAUACAGUAUUGACUUCAGUUUCCGACACACAAGUUACCUCCAUCCCGCCUCGGCAUCUUGACGCUCAUGUAGGCUUGAAAAACAUUUGCAGUAUACACCAGCAGAGCCAUUAUCUGUUUGUUUGUUUCGUACUUGGCACUUAACCUCACAGCAUUGAGUCUGGCUCCUUAAAGGAGAGCCAGGGUGGAUGUGUACCGUCGAGCUGCAGCUUGGGCUGAAUAAGUAACGCCCCAUUUAUUUCCGCCCCUCUGAUGAACACAUGCUCUCUGCACUCCAUUGAGAGUCUUUCUGUCCAAAUGGAGUUGUUCAAUAUCUUUGUGUCCACCUCUGCCCCUGCUGCAGCGGCUGCUAAUCUAUGCAUCAAGUGCAUUUCCAAAGAUUGUUUGGCUCAUUUAUUGAUGUGUCUAGUUUCAUCGUUUAUUGGGAAACGUCAGAUAUCUAGUUUAUUCACAAGGUAGAGGCAGCUUAAGCUGCGCAAAUACAGGCUAAAGAGGUAUAUGAAGUCUGAACGGUGCCACACUAGUGUAAAAUGUCAGUGAAAGCCGCAUUUUUACUGAUAAUUAAUUUAGGUCGCAGAAGCCUGCGAAGAGAAGCCCAGAGUUCCCUCCCCACACAAUCUUCCUCGGGUUCUUCUGGGAGAAUACUGCAGCAUCUGGUGGCCCAGGAAAAUUAGGACACUGUUUUAUGAAACCCUGUCAACCCAUCACUAAUUUCUACCCAAUGCUCGUGGCCAUCGGUGAGAGUUGGAAUGUGUUGUCUUUUGGCUCAGCUCUGUCUUCGCUGUGACAGACCCAUCGAGGCCACGCCAGUUGAUCUCCAUUCUUCCCUCACUCUUGAACAAGACGCCAAGACAUUUGAAGUGGACAUGGACCAGUCAUUCAAUCUUGAAUCUCAAGAUGAAGAACCCGUACGACUCUAAAAACCAGCCUGGUUUUGGGUUUAAACAUCCUAUAUCAUGAAUACCUGUUGGCCAGACUGUGACCAGCUGUGACUGUAUUAUCAUCAUCAUCUUCGUGAUGGAAGGGCUUUGUAGUGAACAAACCGAUAUCCGGUCAAGGAUCACAACAAAACAACCACCCCCCCUUGAAUAAACCUCACACCACCUGUCUGAGAAAAGCUGGCUUUUUUUAUUUAACUGGAAGAGCAGGCACCUUAGAGACUUCAUAAACCUUUUCACGACCUUAAACACUAUGUAUCUCUUUCCGGGAGACGGUCCCAUCUGUAGCAGUGAAGCAAGCUUUCCGAUCCACUGUUUAAAACAAGGGAAAAAAAAAACAGUUGCCCUCUUUGUUACAGCUCAAGAAUAUCAGUAUUGAUGCAAGGAACCUGACUUGAAUAAGCUGUGAGCUCCCCCUGAUGGCGGAGAGACACUUUCUCACAGGGUUUUAAUCAUCCAUCAGAUCAUCACUGCUUGCAUUUGUGCAAAAAAAAAAAAAAAAGUAGCAAUAACUUCAUGAAUAUCGACACAAUGGUUACACGAUGCUUAAACAAUCGUCAUGGGUGAUUAAUCCAAAUGCCAGCUUCAGUUUACACUUUUAUAUUAAAGAAUCUGUCGUAGCAAGUUUGGAAAAUCUGCAAACUAAUUUCCCACCAGGGAUGUCCAACCUUUAAAUUCCCUCCUUUGAAUUCACUGUGAUUGGAGAUUGCGGGUAUCUAAAAGCCAUAUGAGGGGGGCGAUUCUGAAGCCUCUGGCUCCACAGUAAAGACAGGAUCACCCACACAACAAGAUACAUGGACGCUUUAUAAGAAAAAGCUAUAUUUUGUUAAUAUGUAUAUGUGUAUAUAUUUAUAAAUGAAUCUAUCUGCAGAUCUGUUCCCUAAAUAUCGUCAGUGUCGGCAGAUGGGGGGGUCUGCAGGCAAACUUCAACUCAGAGGUUUUUACCGCCUUGACAAAUCACGAGCAACCAGCAGAAUCCCAGCAGCAGUUUAAGAAUAUGGAAGAUUAAGAGAGACUCUAUUCCCUCAAAAUGUUUCCGUUGCUUUGAAAAUGUUUGUUGAAAUAAGUGUAAUCAGGAAAAAGCUGAGCUUGUGACACAAUCACCGCUUUCUUCGUUGCAUAGACGUUAAAAUUCUCAGACGUUGGAGAAAAAAAAAAAGAAAAAGACGACGUGGAGAAAAGAUCUAUUUUUGUACAAAGUAAAAUUUAUCCCUCGCUGAUGUUCUUUCCUGUUCUUCUGUGGGCUGACGUGUACGCUGUGGAAAAGCUUGUGUGACCUGAAAGUGAAUGUUGUCGGGACGAGUCGUUCUCGGGGCACUUUGGUGACUGUUUCGCCUUUUCUUUGCCAUGUUCAGCCUGUCGCCGCUACACAAAAUGGGAAUGUCGACUUUCAUUAUAUUCUUGCUUUUAAAAAUCUUUCAAAAGAGACAAAACGUUUUGUCCUUCGUUCCUUGUGGGUUGUUCUUUAAUGUUCUAUCUUUCAUGGAGAGAAAAUAAAUACUGUUAUG